AUGGCUUCAAUGCCCUCAACACGUGCUCCGCUCAGCUCCAAGGCUGCGCUGCCACACAAAAACGGUUCACCGUUCUACCUUGACAAGCCACUUGGACAAGCACCUCGUGGAGGAAGUCCCCACUCCGAGGCUGUGGCUUCUUCCGAAGAUGAGAAGGACAUCGUUGUAAAAAAGUCUGCAGGCACUGCUCCCAUCAAGGGUGCUCAAGGACUUCCACCCCUCCGGCGUGGAUCUUGGCUUUCAGAGGUUCAAUCAGGCCCAAUGGCGGCCCGGAGAGCUUCUCAAGGGGGUGUCUCUAUCUCAGCCAACAAUUCACAGCCAGCUACUCCCGGUGAGCAUGGGUCUUGGAAUACUUUGGCGCACAAAUCAUCCGCUGGAACAGUAUCCUACAGCAAUCCCUGGACAUCCGAAGCAAGACGUGAGCCACCCUCUCGUCUUACAGAGCUGCCUCAAUCGCCAUCGAACUAUUUCCAUUCUGCAUUCGGCAUCGGGGAUGAGCUGCGUUCGCCCGGCCAUGAGCUACCUUCAGAAGAGGCCCUUCACUUCAGGAAGACGAUGAGGUCUCAGUCAUACUCAGUGGGGCAAUGUGAGGAUGGGCCAGUUCCAAAUGCGCCUAACCGCGUGCGCGCUAGUUUCCAAGCAUUGCAUCAACCUCGCCCAGCGAUCCUCAGCGACCUCCAUGAAGAGGAAGUGAGUAACGAUCAAGGCGCAGCACCAGUGAGCAAGGCCGCGCCCGGCCCUCCUUCUUCUGCCUUGCUCAAACAAGCCCUUGGUGUGCGUCAUCGCGCCUCAAGCACGACCGUCAACGCUGGCGCGUGGUCGCCGCAGCGCUCACAGACCUUUUCGGACUCCGACUAUGCUAUUGACGAAGCAGAUGACAACGACUCAGAAUCAGGUGGCCAUAAUUCCGUUGGCAUGCUUGGCAGAGGACUCGCCGACAGGCGCUUUAGUGAGAUGUCACCACUACGAACUGACUUCUCACUUUCUCGCGCCAAUGACGGCUCGCAAAGAUCUGCCUGGAAUUCACUUGGCUUCGACCCUAUUGACGAAGGCUCACAAAGCAGACGUCAUUCAUUCGCCGUCGUCACCCCUCACUCUCACACGCGCCUGAACAACUCGUUCUUCUCCAGCGACGCCAACAUCGAGGACGACCUCAGCGCCUCACGCAUCUCCCAAAACAGCCAGCCUGACAUUCCUCGAAACAUGCAGUCACCAUCCUCCCAGAUGCGAUCUCAGAGUUAUCACCAGGAACGAGAGUACGACCAUUUCAGGUCAAACUCGGGCGACGAAGAAUCAGCAAUCGAGUUGGGCCAGGCUCACGAUCGUGCAUUCGCGCAAUCAUACUUCUCAGGUGUUGGACCGGCUAUGCGGAGUGCUCACACCACAGUCCCCGGCAUCGCUGCCACGGCUCCCAGCAUGGUGAACCCGUACGCGCCGCCGAAUGUCGCUCGCCCGACCAAGCAUUUGUACAUCGUUACCUUCAAAUGCUCGAGGUCCGACGUUUAUUACAUUCCUGAGAACGUGGGUCUGGAAGUCAAGGCUGGGGAUAUGGUCAUCGUGGAGGGCGACCGUGGACAAGAUCUCGGCCAGGUGACACACUGCGACGUAGCGCUGGAAGACGCCAGACAGCAUCUCAAGGAAGCGUCAGAGCAGCACUUCCGCUGGCUGAUGAUGUUCUCGCGCCACGUCCAGGGUGGCCACUCUGGUAUGGUGAACCCUAAUGGAAUGCUUGCUGCUUCCAAUGGCGAACAGUACGGUAGAGAGGGGGGCAUGGGGCCCAGACCUCCCCUUCAAGCGCCAAUCGUGGAUGAUAUCCGACCCAAGAUGCUCAAGCGUCUUGCACAGGGUCACGAGAUUCAAGUGCUCCGCGACAAGGAAGGCGCAGAAGCUAAGGCCAAGCGUGUCUGCCAACAGAAGGCUAUCGAGCAUGGCCUCACCAUGGAGAUCCUUGACGCCGAAUACCAACUCGACUACAAGAAACUGACCUUCUUCUACUAUGCCGACUGCUACAUCAACUUCAAUCACCUUGUAACUGAUCUCUUCAAGGUGUACAAGGCACGCAUCUGGAUGUCAGCCGUUAACCCUGCUUCGUUUGCGACUCCAUCAAACGCUCUCUCGCAACUCCCUCCGCCAUCUAGCCUUGGUCCCGGAGCGACUUCCAAUGCCAACGGAAAUGGAUUCCCUACAACUAUGACGAUAGGACCCAGCUACGGACGUGGCGCUUUUAGUGGUACAGCUGAACCAUCACCCCAGAUUUUGACACCAGCCGCUAACAACAAUCCAGCACCCCGCACUCCUGGAGGCCUGGAAGUGAAUUCGACGGAUGCUCAACAAGAGUAUCAAGAGCCUCAGGGACGCCCGGUUUACCACUACGCUCCGUCUCCGGCCUUUGGUGGAUUUAACCCUGUUGCACCGGCUUACGCGCCAACUUGGGUGCCGAAUCCUUCUAUGAAUCGCUUCAUGCCGUAUCAAUACGGAUACGGCGGUGGCCCUGGGGGCGGCUACCCCGGCAACUACUCUCCAUUCCCUGGCCAGGAUAUUGGUAGUGCUCGUGGAGGCGAGCACUCUCAGAACGAUGAGCAAGAUAUCGGCCGCAUGCUCGGACAGAGCCUAUCGCUCAAUCAACGUGCCGGUUCCUAA